AUGCGUGAGUCGCUACAGGCGAACUCUGACUGGCUUUACAUCGCCCCGUUUGGGAUGUACGGGUGUGUGAACUACAUCAGGCAGAAAUAUGGAAAUCCAGCCAUCCUCAUAACUGAAAACGGAAUGGAUCAACCUGGUAACCUCACCCGGGACGAAUACUUGAACGAUGCCACCAGAGUUCAGUUCUUCCGGAGCUACCUUAACGAGCUGAAGAAGGGCAUCGACGAUGGCGCGAACGUGCUUGGCUACUUUGCGUGGUCUCUCCUCGACAACUUCGAGUGGGGAUCUGGCUACACAUCCAAGUUUGGCAUCGUGUACGUUGACUUCAACAGCAGCAGCCUCGAACGGGCCCCGAAGGCGUCGGCCUACUGGUUCAGAGACCUGCUGCAGGUCAAACACUGAUGGAGUGCAGUGCGUGUGAAUUCACAUAAUGUCGUCAGCAUCAUCAUUACCCUGACGAGUUUCUCCCAACCAUUUUCUGGAUGGCAUCAGGGAUUAAGAGAUAGCUCUGUUCUAGAGCUACCAAUGGUAAUAAAACAUGGCGCAUACGAUCCAUUGUUUUAUCUGAUAUGUUAUAUAUGGUCACAAUACCAUCUAGCAUGCAUCUA